AAAGCUUUCCCAGCUUUCAGUCUCAGGUUUCCUCUUUUCUUCACUUCACUAGUUGUUAUUGGAGUCAAGUCGUCGGUCUGAAGGUCUGAAGUUUGUCUCAGCAGCAGAUUCUCCUCCUGCAGCAUCAUGAAAAUCGCAUCUUUUAACAUCCAGAAGUUCGGAAAAAACAAAGUGUCAGACCCAGAUGUCCUCAGUGUCCUGGUGAAGAUCGUGUCUCGCUAUGACAUCAUCCUGAUCCUGGAGGUGGUGGACAUCAGCGGAGAGGCCGUCAAGAUAUUCCUGGACGCACUCAACAAAGCCAACAGUAAGCAUCACUACACUAUGAAGAUCAGCAGUCGUCUGGGCCGAACGCGCUACAAGGAGCAGUUCAUGUUCCUGUACAGGGAUGACCUGGUUGACUUGGUGGGCUCCUAUCAGUUUGAUGACAAGGUGACUGAAGGAGGAGACGUUUUUGCCAGAGAUCCCUACAUCCUGAGAUUCAGAUGCCUCAAUACAGUGCUGAAGGACCUGGUGAUGAUCCCGGUUCACACUAAACCAGACGACUCGGACAAGGAGCUUGAUGAGCUCUACGACGUCUUCCAGCAUGUCAAGAAGAAGUGGAGGACUGAUAACGUGAUGAUCCUGGGCGACUUCAACGCAGACGGCUCGUACUUGUCCAAACGUGAGAUGAAGACCAUCCGUAUACGUGCUGACAAGAACUUCCACUGGCUGAUUGCAGAUGAUGUGGACACCACGGCCAGCACCAAGAACAACCACACAUACGACCGGAUCGUGGUUUACGGGGACGACAUGGUCCAGUCUAUCGUGCCAAACUCUGCCAAACCUUUCAACUUCCAGAAGGCAUAUGGACUCAUUGACGAGCAGGCUCUGAAAGUGAGCGACCAUUACCCUGUGGAGCUGAAGCUCAAGUCUUUGACCAACAGAUCAGAUGACGAAGAAGACGAAGAUGAUGUGGAGGAUCAGAAGCAGCUGGAGCCGACGAAGCCUCGGCUGGUGCUGGUGGAUGAAAACCUGCUGGAGCUGAAGAGAGGAAACCUGCUGCUGGAGAGGGAGAAGCUCAGCCUGGAGAUCCAGAUCCUCCGACUGAAGAUGGCCAAGAUGAGCCACGAAGUUUAAACUCAGGAGGCUCGAUCCGUCCAGAACGUUCACCAAUAAGCAAUAAACUCCUAUCGAAAUCCACAACUUGAGUUUUUAAACUUGACACUAACGGUUCACUGGACAUUAACGUACCUCAGGCUCCACUGUGCUGCUUCAACCCUUCACCAAUAACAGGUGAAAGGUUAAUAACUCUUUCCACUUUACGUUUCAUUUUCUCUUGACUGAACCAAAGUAUCAAGUUGUUUUUCAUUCUGAAAUAAAUUAUAACUGCCUCA